ACAGAGCUUCAAGGUUCCAAGAGUGGUGGUGAGGCUAUUGAAGUAUUGGGUUGUAGGAAGUGCCCUCAUUGUGGUGGCCUUUUCUGCAUCAACUGCAAAGUCCCUUGGCAUAGUAAUAUGAGCUGCUCUGAUUUUAAAACCGGUAAUCCCAGCUCCAGUAAUGAAAAGAAACUGAAGUCAUUGGCUACUGAGAAUCUCUGGCGUCAAUGUCCCAAGUGCAGCCAUAUGGUUUCACUUUCUGUAGGAUGCUACCACAUUCACUGCAGGUGUGGGCAUGAGUUUUGCUAUACAUGUGGAGCAGAAUGGCGAAACAAGAAAGCUACAUGUCAUUGUCCUAUCUGGGACGAGCGCAACAUCGAAUAUGAAAACUAAGAUUGAGAAGGAGAAGCAAGAUUGAGUGUGAUGUGCGGUGCUUCUACGCUCCUUGUUCCUUGGUAAAGAUCACUUUUUGGGAGGCUGACUUUCUUUUUUGCUAGAUGAGAAUCUGAUGGAUACAACAUACUCAUCCAUAUGUUUUGGUUUUGUUUCCUGCGCAAUUUUUGUGUAAUUGUGCUGCACAUUUUGGGAAUGUGGAUAUGCUUGGCUUCUAGUUUAGUACUCGUAUUCAAGUUUGAUGAAUUUCUUUAAAUAAUUUCUCAUAAUCGAAGAUAUACUUACA